UUAUUCCUGAGAGAGGCAGACUGGGAGUAUUGCAGCAGCUUGUAUCCAUCUGCCACUGCAUUUGCCAGCUACAGACCUCCAGCAGCAAGUCACUUGAGAGCGUCUUUCUUCACUACCUAUUAUUCAAUUUAUAGCAAUUAGCACCUGUCCUCUCACUGUAACACAUUCUCCUUAUUCUUUAAUAUUUUUCUUCCAUGUUUUCUUCACUUCUUCCUCUUUUUAUUUGACUCUCAAAGUUUAGAUCUGUGUUUUUCCCCCCAGUUCUCCAACUGACCAGCUACUCUAUCCCACCCUAUUCCCCUCCCACUGCCUCCACUUCUCCAGGUCAUCCUUAUUCUAUCAUUCUCUAUCCAGCCCUCCAGAAUAUCAGAAUGCAGCCAUUGAUCAAGGUCUGGAUGGUGAGAGCAGCUUUAGUUCUGCUUAUGGGUCUACUACUUGUCAGCUCUGACCCUAAAGUAAUUAAACGUCCUGUACCAAAAGCAAGUAAAUGCGCAGAUCGUCCAGAGGAGCUUCUGGAGCAGUUGUAUGGGCGCCUGGCUGCAGGUAUGCUCAGCGCUUAUCACCACACGCUACAGUUGCAGCCACUGGAUAAACUAAACAUCAGCUGCCCCGCAGGGAACCGAGGUCGAGGUUUAACGGAAAACAAGCAACGCUUGCCAGUCAAUAUACACAGCAUCUCUCCCUGGGCUUAUAGAAUCACAUAUAAUCCAACAAGAUACCCCAAAUAUAUUCCUGAAGCGUACUGUCUGUGCAAGGGCUGCUUGACUGGUCCCUACGGAGAAGAAGACUUUCACUUUCGCAGCACCCCUGUCUAUAUGCCUACAGUGAUCUUGAGACGUACACCAGCUUGUGCUGGCGGGCGCUACAUAUAUGUUGAGGAUUAUAUCACUAUCCCAGUUGGUUGCACCUGUGUACCAGAACAGAAGGAAACAGAGCCAGAAAGUGUCAAUUCCAGUUUAGAGAAAGAAAAGUUUAAACACAUUAAUAAAAGUGAGAAACCGCUGUCCAACUAAAUUAGGGUGCUAGAUAACCAAAACAGGUCUAUAUUGUCGCUAUAGUAAGUGGUUAGCUCAUUGUUAACUUCUCCAUUAGUAGAAAAAUUUUGGGUAAGGCUGCUUACUACAAAGAUAGAUCAACAAAACCGGACUGUUGACUAUCAGCUUGUAAAGCAGUUUAACUUAAAUCUAAUGUCUGAGGAUUCUGUGAUUAGUCUAUGUGGCAGCUUGUAUUAUGUCAUCAGUUUAUAGCUGAAUUGUAGAACAUUAUCUUCUGUAUGGCAAGAUCAGGCAGCAGGUUUUAGAUCAAGUGCUAAAUAUUUACUUCCAUGCUUUUCAGUAUGGGUUGUAUGCAAAUGAAAUCCUAAAGAGGAUUUCUAUAUUUAUAUGUUCAUUCCAGUUAUGUGGUCAUUUACACUAAUAAUGAUGUCUAAUAUACAUUUCCAAUUCACCCAUCUCUAUAUUGUGUUCACCAAUGUUGCCCAAAACAAAUACACGUAGGUUUGAGAGUCUCUGAGUUUCACUAAGUGAGCAUGAAUUGUUAAUUUGGGAAAAUCUUUUUGGAGUGUUUCCUGGUGAUUUGUAUAUUCCCUUUUCAUCAUAAAUCAACCUGUUUCUAAACAUUUGCUGUAAGAAAGGAAAUGAUCUAGAAGUAAGAGGUGUUGAUUACUAUUCUGUACCAAGGAGCUGGUAAUAUACAACUGUGUCAUAUUAUCUUAAAUAAAUUAUUUGCUAAGAUUGUGAGGUGUUGGAUAAUUUAAAGGGACAUAAACCCCCUUUUUAAUGUAUGUUUAAUAUUUAUCACUAAUUAAACACUACUUUCCCAAGA